CGCUGAUGUGCAAGUGUCUCUGUCACAUCAAACAUCCAUACAUUGUUUGAAUAAAUUCCAAAUGUUUAUAUUCAUCAUCAUUCUGUAAGAUCUCGCCUACCCAGUUAGGUGUCCUAUGUUUAACGUUCAAUAGCAAUUUCUCUGCCCUAUCUUACAUUUUUGAGUAGUUUUACAAAGUGUAAGUCAGGAUGGGCGGUUGUUUUCUUUUAGCACAUUGAAGAAUUUAUUCUGCUAUUUUCUGAUGCCUGAUGUUUCUGAAAACACACCAGCUCUUCACCUCACUAUUCAUGUGGCUAUGAUAGCUCUUUUAUUCGGGGACAAGUAUUAGAAUUCUUUCUCUUUCUCUUCCAGCAGUUUUGAAUGUACUUAACUCAGCUGUUCUUCGGCGUCUGCCGUCACAGCUCUUACACGUCAGUGCUUCUCAGUUCUCACAAGUUCCUAGUUAUUAAAUCCAAGGACAGACUGCUUCAAAGCAGUUUUCAGAGCUGCAGAGAUCAGUAAAGCACUUGCUUGGCAAACAUGAGGACCCGACUUUGAUCCUAGAAUCAUGUAAGACAUCUGUGUUCAGCGGCACACGCUUGUAACCUCAGCACUGGGGUUGGGGGUAGAGACAGGUGCACUCUUGGGGCUCCCUGCCCAGUUAGUUUAUAAACUUCUUAGCAAUGAGAGGCCUUGUCUCAAAAAUCAAGGUGGAUGGUACCAGAGGAAUGACACCAACGCUGACUUCAGGCUUCCAUGUGCACCCGCCACAUAGGCAGACACACCCUUGUACACUUGUGUACCCACAGGGACAUGCGUACCCACGCGCAAACAUACAUAAAAAUAAAGCAGGUUUCAGAGUCCUGGAAAACUGAACAGAAAAUACUGAUUUUCUAUGUAGUUCAGUAUUACUGAUCUUCAAGUAAUGUCUUGCUACAUUCUUGCUGCCCUUGCCUCUGGGGCUCUUAUUGCUGUAUCUCCUAUGCUCGUUGACUCCAUUUUACCUCUCUAGGCUGCACUGUCCAUACCCUCUUCAGAUCUUUCACCACAUGGGAAUUUUAAAUUGACUAGGAGAAAUUUUUAAAUAGCCAUUUUGCUGGGAUUAAAGGCGUUCAUCAACCAAGUUCAGAUGUUUGUUUUGAAGUGGGAUUUCAUUCUGAAGCCCAGGCUAGCUGGGAGUUUGCUAGAUAUCCUAAGAUGGUCUUGAACUCAUGGCAAUCCUUUCAGGUCGCCCUCCAGAGAGGAGGGUUUCCGGACGAGCCACCGUAAUCUGGCUUUGUAGGAGUUUCGAAGCCUAGGAAUUUCCUCAAAGGCAUUUCAUUUGCCUUCAAGGAUGGCACCAUCAAUCCAGAAACACUUUAUAAUUCAUGGUUUGAAGGUAGUUUGAGGAGCACUCAGAUAAUGUGAACUCGACGCUGACUCAAGUCUCCUAAGAUAAGCAUGCCCGUGAAGGAGUUUGUAGACUGUGUUAUUGAAGUGGGAAGACCCACUCUAAAUGUGGGCAGCAUGGCUCCAGGGACUUUGGUGUCAACCAGCUGACCGCCACUCAUCUCUCUCUGACUGGGGCUGGAAUGUGACCAGCUAAGGCCCGCCUUCCCCACCGUGAUGGUCUGACCCUCAAAAUACACCGUUCCUUCCUCUUUCCUCAGUCCGCUUUAGUGCAGCUGACGCAGCAAUAGAAGUAACUGAUAGAAACUGAGAAUCAUCUGCUGCAACUUUUCAGUGUGAAGCCGAAUCUGCUGGCAGUUUCCAGGGCCUAGAAAUAUGUGGUAAAUUUGUCAUUGAGCGCUUCUAAAUGAGCAUGUGGGGUGUCCUCUGCUGGAUUAAAAAUGAUAUCAAUUGGUGAGAUUGCUUAGUGAUUGAGGGCACUUGCUGUUCUUGCAGAGGACCCAGGUUCAAUUCCCAGAAUCCAUAGAGAUUUCACCAUCUGUAACUCUAGUUCCAGGGAACCUGACACCAACUUCUGGACUCACAAGAGCACCAGGCAUGCAUAUGGUUCACAUACACACAAGUAAACACUCAUACACAUAAGAAAAUGUUAUUAGCAAAUACAUAUUUAUGAAGCAUAAUAUGUUUUGCUUCGUGCAUUGCAUAAUAAUUAAAUCAAGCUAGUUAACACGCUUUUCAGGUUUUUUUCAUGUGUAUGAUCAGAAAUUUAAGAUCUAUCCUUUUAGCAAUUAUAGUUUUUAAAAAGUUUUCUUUCAGCCGGGAGGUGAUGGCGCACGCCCUCAAUCCCAGCACUCUGGAGGCAGAGGCAGGGGGAUCUCUGUGAGUUUGAGGCCAGCCUGGUCUUCAAAGCAAGUUCCAGGACAGCCAAGACUGUUGUACAGAGAAAUCCUGUCUCGAAAACAAACAAACAAAAAACUUUCUUUAAUUAGUUCAUUGCCCAAGAUUGUAGGGCUUUACAAAAAAACACAUUUAUUUUCUCUGUUCCAGUCUUUCACACCUGAAUUCUUUAAAAUUCGCAGUAGUAGCCAGCGGGGUAUUGGGGAGCUGUACGCCUUUAGUCCCAGCACUCAGAGGCAGAGGCAGGCAGAUGUCUAAGUUUGAGGCCAGCCUGGUCUACAGAGUGAGUUCCAGGACAGUCAGGAACCCUUCGCUCUCGGAAGAAAAAGAAAGAAAGAAAAAACAAAAAGAAAAAAAGAAAGAAAACAACAAAAAAUUCACAUUUUUUUUCACACUUGAAUUUUUUUUUUAAAAAAAUAAGAAUUGUUUUAUUUUCUGUGUAUGAGAUUUUUGCCUGCCUGUGUACAUGACAACACAUGUUGCCUGGUGCUUUCAGGGGUCAUAAGACAGCACCAGGUCCCUUGAAACCGGAGUUACAGUUAGAAGACACGGUGUGGGUGCUGGGAACCAAACCUGGGUCCUCUUCAAGAGCAACCAGCGCUCUUAACUCUUGAGCCACCUCUCCAGCACCCCACAUUUGAAUUCGCAAUCCUCUUAGCAUCCGUCUCCGCAUCCCAUAUUGAGAAAUGAUACACUUUUAUUUUUCUCUUUGUUAUUUGCCACUGUCUUAGCUCCUUUCCUGUCCCCUGACUGCUCUAACAGAAGUGACUUCAUUGGGAGAAAGGUUCAGUUCUGCUCAGUUUCCCAAGGUCAUGGUCCACUGGGGAAAUUGUGGCCAUGGGAGCUUAGGGUAGCGGUAACAUUGCUUCUGCAGUAAAGAAGAGAUCAGCGAGGAGUCCAGACUGCAACUCGCUUCUCUUUCCCCAGGGACACAGUCUGGGUUCCCAGAGAAGGGCGCCUUGUUUCCUCUGAGCAUGUGACACUUUGAGAACUUUUCUUUUUGUAAAUAAGGUCUUAGUUACUUUAUACAGGGCAUUCUUUGUCCCAACUCUUUCGCUAACCCAGAUUUUUCUAGAGUCUGACACUGGCGUGACUUAGGAUUUCGGGGUGGCCUCUGAGGUUUCACUGUUGCUCCUCGGGUUUUUGUUUUGUUUUGUUCCCAUACCGGAUUUCUCACUCUUUGACACGUGAUAAUCAAUUCAACCCGAACCUGUAAAGUUAAAAGAACUUAUUUGAGUCCUAUAAGUAGCAAUCCAAGAAGCAUAGGUCCUGGAGCCUUUGGAUCCAUGUUCUAGAGAAGACGGGGAAAGUAGGGAUUUGUAUGGGCAAGCAGCACUGACUGUUGAAUGCUGGGUAAGAACAGGAUCCAUGUAACCAAUAGAAGACAAAGAAUAAGAAUCUGCAUACUAGUAACAUGUCCAUAAAACCGAGUUUCUUGCCUGAAAAGCCACUGACUCUUUGAUAUCUACCCCAAAUGGCAAUUCUUCCAUUCUUUCUUAAGAAAUGAAUCGUGGUCUUCUGUGUUCACUGAUAUCUUUCUUUGUUUUCUGUUCCUUUCUCUCUCCUCCUCCUCCUCCUCCUCCUCCUCCUCCUCCUCCUCCUCCUCCUCCUCCUCCUCCUCCUCCUCCUCCUCCUCCUCUUCUUCUUCUUCUUCUUCUUCUUCUUCUUCUUCUUCUUCUUCUUCUUCUUCUUUUUUGAGACAGUGUUCUCUGUGUAGCCCUGGCUAUCCUGGAGCUUACUCUGUAGACCAGGCUGGCCUUGAACUCAUUGAGAUCCACCUGCCUCUGCCUCCUAAGUGCUGGAAUUAAAGGUGUGCGCCACCACAGCUCGGCUGAUAUAUUUCUAUGACAUUUACCCCACCCCAUCUUUAUUUCUAUAUUUAAAAAAGAAAACAAACAAUCUCCCUUCAUUACACACACCAAUCCAAAUUCCCACUCCUUCCCUUCCUCUCACUCCAUCCACACACCUCCCACCUUACCCCAUCCAUCCUCAGAGAGGUUAAGGCACAUUGCUUUGGGGAAGGUCCAUGGCCCUCUCUACUAUAUCUGGGUUGAUCAAGGUAUCCAUCCAAAGAGAGUAGGUUCCCAAAAAGCCAGCGCAUGCAGUAGGGCCAGUGGUCCCGCAAUCUGCCCAGCCAUACAACUGCCACCCACAUUCAGAGGGCCUAGUUUGAUCCUAUGCUUGUUCCUUCCCAGUUUAGCUGUAGUUGGUGAGCUCCCAUUAGCUCAGGUAGACUGUUUCAGUGGGUGAACCCAUCGUGAUCUUGACCUCUUUGCUCAUAUUCUCAUUCCUUCCACUCUUCAACUGGACUUUGGGAGCUCAGUCCAGUGUUCCAAAGUGGGUCUCUGCCUCUGUUUCCAUCAGUUGCUGAAUGAAGGUUCUAUGUUGACAUUUAAGAUAUUCAUCAGUCUGACUACAGGGCAAAUUAAGAUUGGGCUCCCUCUCCUCUAUUGCUUAGGGUCUUAGCUGGGGUCAUCCUUAUGAAUUCCUAUAUCUAGAGCCAUGUUUCUUGUUAACCCCAUAAUGGCUCCCUCAAUCAAGCUAUCUCUUUCCUUGCUCUCAUCUCUGUCCUUCCUCCAUCUCGACUAUCCCAUUCCCUCAAGUUCUCCUCACUCCUCUCCUUCUCCCCUAGCCUUUCCCUUCUCCCCUCCCUUCUCCAUCCACCCCGUGCUCCCAAUUUUGUCAGGCGAUCUUGUCUAUUUCGACUUUCCAGGUGGAUCUAUAUAUGUUUUUCUUAGAGUUCACUUUAUUACUUAGUUUGUCUAGGAUCAUGAAUUAUAGGCUCAAUGUCCUUUGUUUAUAGCUAGUAUUCGCUUAUGAGUGAGUACAUACCAUAUUCAUCUUUUUGGGUCUGGGUUACCUCAAAAAGAUGCUCAAUCAUACUACAAGGACAUUUGUUCAACUAUGUUCAUAGCAGCAUUAUUUGUAAUAGCCAGAAUCUGGAAGCAACCUAGAUGGCCCACAACUGAAGAAUGGAUAAAGAAAAUGUGGCACAUUUACACAUUAGAGUACUAUUCAGCAGUAAAAAAUAAUGAUAUCUUGAAUUUUGCAUACAAAUGGAUGGAAUUAGAAAACACUAUCCUGAGUGAGGUACCCCAUUUUUUAAAAAUUACAUUUGUAAGCACUCACGAGGCAGAAGUGGGAUCCCUGUGAGUUCCAGAUCAGCUUGAUCGACAGAGCAAGUUCCAGGACAGCCAGGUUUCUCAGAGAAACCCUGUCUCGAAAAACAAAAACAAAACAAAAUGAAAAUUAUAUUUUGUGUGUGUGUGUGUACAUGUGUACAUAGGGCAUGGGGCCAGGGACAUGUGGACGUAGAGGACAACCUGAAAGAGUCUUUUCAUGUACCAUACUGGUGAUAGGGAUUGAACAUAGGUUGCCAAGGCUUGGCCACAGGUAUCUUUAGCCACUGAGUCGUUUUGCUGGCUCCCACAUGGCAUCUUACCUGUUUGGUUGACUAUUUUCCUUAUGAAUGCAAGUCUCUAGAGUACAGGACUCAUAUUUAUCUCUAGAGUCUCAGUACUAUACACAAUAAUCUAGGACUAAUUUGUAUGUGUGUACAUCCAUGUACAAAUGCCCAUGGCACGCGUGUGGAGGUGAAGACGACUUGUGGAAAUUGCUUUUCUUCUUUUACUCUGUGGGCUCCAGAGAUGGAACUCAGGUCAUUAGGCUUGGUGUCAAAUACCUGUGCCUACAGGGCCAUCUUGCUGGUCCCUCAGUAUAUUUAAUAAAUUAUUCACACGUUAUUCGAUGAGAUGGUAAGUAAUAAUAUGGUUACAGAUGACAACCGUGUUGAUACCUGAUAUGAAAUGUGUCAAUAUCCCAUAGAUAAGGUGAGAAGUGUUGUCCAUAAAACCCCCAAUCUAGAGCAUAAACCUGACUUUGUUUCUUUUUGUGUGUUUCUCUAGAUUUCCAAGCAACAGGAUGUAAAACAAAUCCAGAAAAUGACCGGUCAGAAUGAUUCUCUCCCUUACUGAUCAGCUCAAGGCUGGUGACUGAUCAACCGUGGGCCAUGCUUUCAAACUCUAGUCUUGAACAGCGGGUGGAAGAAAGUGGAAAAAGAGGGUGUUCCUGGAGAGUACCCCCAUCUUUCUGACAUCUUCACUUCCAAAGUCAUGCAGACAGCUCCAUAAUUCCUACAUUGUUUGCUUUCCUUGUGCUUCUCUGUCCCAUAUAUUUUCAUGGAAAGCCCAAAAUAUGGGAAAGGAGAAUGGGCAAAAAUUAACUACCAAGAGUUUGGUGAGGGAGGUCCAUCUCCUUUAUUCCGCUACCACGGAUGUGGAUGUGGGGUAGACAUCUUUAAAGGAAAAGAUGUAUUGGGAACCUCUGUGUCCCUCACUACAGCAUUCCGGGGUCACUUCUAGUACAUGAUGAAGACAGUAUAGUUUGCUUGCAAAACAAAACUUGAUACCUGGGCCGUACCACUCAUCAGUUUCACGAUGUGACUUCAUCUUUGCUCCCCUAAUUGUUAGAUGAUGUCAGUAGUCACUAUGCUCAUGGUCUCUUUACUCCUGUUACAGUUUCACAGCUGAAAAAAGCUGGAAUGAUGAAUGUCAUUGAAGCUGAUCUAACAUGUAUUUCAGGACUUUCUAUGGGCUGGAGCGAGGAAUAUGUAUUCUCGUCAAUAGACAGGAGUCUUCAACAGAUCCUCCAACAUCUGGAAAAUGCAAGGUCAACACUUUUAAGUCUACAAGACUCGCAAGAUUUAUCUUCCUCCUCCGUCUCUGACAUUGUGGGUCGGGAGGCUAUCCCACCUUCUUGCUACUGUACGGCGGGAAACCGUUCUUAUGACUCCAGCGUGUCCUCUGUAUCAUCCAGUGAGUCUGCUGUAUCAUCCAGUGACAGCUCGAACCCAUCUUAUCUUCCAGUCUUUCCUGGAGGAGCAACGUGGCAAUUGCACAGCCAUAGCUUACCUGCUUUCUCCCGAAAGGAACCGCCCGCUCCCAGGAGCCAGGGCUCAUCCCUGCCUAUUUUUCAGCAGGCAGAUCUUAAGAAAGCAGAUCUUUUUCAAAAUCUGGCAGCUCCUCCUCCCUUAAAAACUCAACGCUUUUUUAUUAAUUCAGUUUUAGAAAACCUAGAUUCUUGCAAACAAGAGAAUACAAGAAAUAAGAGAAAGAAUCAUUUGGCCCAAUCAGAUCUUGGGCCAAAUUCGGUUUUGAAUGAGAGCCCAGGCCCACCCCUAGUACGGGCUCCACUCCAGCUCUCUCCUUUAGUCAGAGGAGAACUGGAAGGACACAUGUCUCAUAAGGUUUCUACUUUGCGGGCACAAGUGGUGCCUCUGCCUGUGAAGAAAUCCUGGGAAAUACUGAAUCAUUUGCUGGAUGUACAAGGAGUCCCUGAACAAGGGCUCCCCAAAACUCAGUUACCUACACUCCUCCCUCAGAGGGCUGAGCAAAAUACCAGCCGAUCUCCAGAUGCUCCAUCGUUUCAUGUCCAUGUAAACAUUGGGGUGAAUUCUGAAUUAAGCAGGACGGAAGUGUCACAGCCGCUGACCUCAAACAAGCAGUUACAGUCUGCUAAUGACCGCCAGGUUCUUAGCUACAACCCUGUAGUUAUAUCAAUGGGCACUCCAGCUCCCAUUAACAUAGUUCGGGAAGAAAACGGUUCACUGAAAAAAGAUCCAAGGCAUGUGUUAGAGCUGAAUAUAGACCAGAGGGUCCUAGGUCUUCCAGAAAAAAGGAUACAGCCACAAAGGGCACAAGUAACUGACGUGGAACUGACAGCCCAGGUACCACGCUCAGCCACGGACAGCAUAAAGGUUACUCCAGUGGCAUUGCUUCAGGUUAUGGGCUUGAUGGGAAUGAUCCCAGAAUCACACGCGCAGGUGAUAGACAGCGUGGGGUUUCCCCCGCAGCCACCAAAUCAAGCAGAAACAGUGAGUCUAACUCCUCGGCCAUCAGAUCAAGUAAUUGAACAAAAAACAGUAACAAGUCUUCAGCAUUCAGCUACAGAAUCAAAGAGUAUGGCCUCAAGACUGAGUCCAGUCACAGAUAAUAUGAAGGUAACUCCUGAGAAAUUGCUUCGCAUCAUGGAUUCCAUGGGGCUGAUUAAUGAAUUAUACCCACAUGUCAUAGAACCAGCAGAAAUAGCCCCAAAGCCACAAUACCAAGUCAUGGAGUCGGCAAAGGUGGAUACAUUGCAUGGCUACCAAGCCAUACGACCAGAAGAUAAGAGUCUAGGGCUACAGCAAUCAGUUCUGGGAACUGUGGAAGUGAUCCCCCAGCCUCAGCAUAAAGUCAUGGGAACACCGAACACGACCUUGGGGCCACAGAAUCAAGCCCCAGAACACAUUGGGAUUGCUCCCGGUCCAAUACAUGAAAAUAUAUUGGAAAUUAGCUCAAGUGCACUUCCUAAAGCCAUUGAUUAUACAAAAGCAACCCCAGUGGCACAACAAACCAUGGAUUUCAUGCAGAAAAUUCCACCAGGACAGCCACACAUUACAGAACCUCGGGCUUUGAUCCAAACUGAAAAUUUGACCCCACUACCAACUCAGCCAGACGUUCUGACUUCUGCUGUCCCAAGAGGAGCAGCAGAAUCUCGAGGCAUACCUCCACAGCUACCGUCUACAGCCCUAGCGUCAUCAGGAGUGAUUCUGCUACCAUCAGGUCAGUCCCCGCAUGCUCUAAAGGUGACCCCGAUAGUACAGGCGCCACAUGGGGUGGGAAUGAUCCCACCACUCCAAGUUGUAGAGCCUCCUGGUUUGACUCCACAGCCAGAGUUACAGAACGUAAAAUCUGAGCCCUUAAUCCCAGAUCCAAGAUUGCGAAAUAUGAAAUCUGUGGACAUAGCCAUGGAUUUAGUCCCAGAAAAGGUAAAAUAUGGACCACCGACCUCAAGAGCAGUAUCUACAGAUUUGACCCUAGAAUUGCAUCAGCUGACUAUGCAGUUUGAGGAAUUAACCCACAUGCCACAAUUGCAAAGUGAGGAAUCUGUGCCAUCGGCCCCUGAAUCUCAACUUCAAGAUGUGAAAUCUGGCCAAGUGAUAGUUGAAGCACAACUCCAAAACAUACAGGCUGCUGGGCUGGCCCCAGGUCCACAGGGGCAAAGUGAUACAUCAGUACAUUUGACCCCUGGUUCACAGACUCAAGGUAUGCAAGGGGUUGUUCAUUCAGCCCUAUCGCAGGAGUUACAAGGAGAUUCAAAAAUGGUGGAGUUGGCUCCAAGACCAUCACUUGAAGAUAAGAAAUCUGCGAACUUGACCCGAAAACCAUAUUCACAAAGCACCAGCUUUGAGAAGACAGCCCAUGUGCCAUUGCUCGAAGACAGAAAGACUCUGUUGGUAGAAGGUAGGAGUUUAAUUCCCGAGGCACUGGUGGAAAGUGUGAAUCUUAGUGAAUUGGUCCCAAGCACACACCUUUGUGCGGUAAAACCCUUAGAAGUGAACCCCGACCCAAGUUAUCAUUUCCUGGAACCUGCAGAAUUGGCCCUACGGCGUCAAGCCCCAGAAGAAAGAGUGGGCUCUGACAUUUGUCAUCAGGUGGAAGAAUCUGUUGAGCUGACACAAUCAGCAUUAGGAAUGAGGCUGAUACCACUGCGCCAAACCUCAGACUCUAUGGAGAUGUACUCACCACCACUCCAAGAAACUCUUGAAACUAGGAACCAGGUUGUAAAAGAGAUGGAAGAGACUCCAGAAUCACAAAAUGCAAUUAAAGAUGCUCCGGAUUUGCUACCAGACUCAGAAGUGCAGAAUAUGAACUCAGCGGUGAUGGCCCCAGAAUCACAGCCCUCAGAUGGGAAGUUUCUUCAUGGGACUCUAGAAACGUGUUCAGAAGUUACUAACUUAUCAGAAAUAACUCUAAAACCAGAGUACGAAGACAGAGAGACUAUCAGAUUAACAUUUCCUAAAGUUGAUGAUACUCAGGGGGCCAUGAUAGAACCAUAUUCAGAAAUGGGAUCUCUGGAGUUGGGUCUAGAACCAGGAGUGCAAGGUGAGAAAUCGGAGUCCUUGGCUCAACACUUGCAGUCUGUGGAAGUAAUUGGUGAACCACCUGUACUAGCUGCAGAGCCUAUCGCACUAACUACAGGACCCAAACCACACAUUAAAGAUGUGAUCCCAGGGCCCCAGCUCGAAGUCAAACUUAGGCAAAUGGAUACAGAAUCACAGUUGCAAAAUGAGGAAUCUGUAAAUGUAACACGACAGUUGUCUCUAGGAGAGGUAGGUCCUGAAAAGACAAAGCCAGAGUCAGGGCCACAGAGUCCAUCCCCGAAGGAACUGAUUGAGGAGACACAGCCCCUGAAAGUGAAAUCUGUGCAUUUAAAUCUAGGUCCACAGCAGCUAAGUAUCAAAUCUGGGUUGAUUCCAGGGCCACAACUGCAAAGUAUCAGAUUUCCAGCGUUCUACCAAGGGGGAAAACGAGGAAAUUUCAUCUCAGGCCCCCCACGUUAUGGUGUGAAAUCUGAUGAGGCACUCUCAUGUUCCCCAGUACCAAAAAUCAGAUCAUCAGAUUGUAUCCCGGGGCCAAAUCUUCCAGAAGCAAAACUGCAACAUGUGAAGCCUGUGGAAGUAAAUGUAGGACCAUGCUUGCAAGCUGUGAAAUUCUCUGAUCUGACCCCUGAGCCGAAGCACCAAGGUUUCAGAUGUACACAGGUCAUACCAGGUAUUCACUUUCAAGAUAGGAAGUCUCAGGGACUUUUGCCAGAAUCAUUUUUGCCAUUAAGCCAAGAGCCACAGGUUGAAGAUAGGAAGCUUGUUCUACCUAUGGAAGUAUCAGAGUUUCAUAGCAGGAAACACACAAUACCAGCCUCUGAACUACAAUAUCCAAGCGUGAUAUCUGAGGAGGUAAACCCGGAACUGCGGCAACAAGAUACCAAAUUUUCUGAGUUAACUUCUAGGCUAAGACUUCAAGGGGUCAAAUUUGGGGAGCAAACUCCAGGACCAUUGUUUCAUGGUAUGCAUUCUAUGACUCCAGAGUUGGGGAUACAUAAUCCAAAGCUAGCGAAGAUGACCCCAAAGCUGAACGAUACAAAGCAGGUGAGUUUUAACUCUGGGCCGAGACUGCAAAAUGUCAAACUUUUUGAUGGAACAUCAGGAACUCAAUCUGAAGGUGUGACGACUUCAGAGUUACACUCGGGGCUACAGUUGGAGUGUGUAAAAAUGUUUGAGUUUACCACACAGCCAGAGAGGCAAGGGAUGAAGCCAGAGUUAAUAAUACAGGAGACGCUGUUUGAAGACAGGGCAUAUGUCACAAGGAAUCAAGCACCAAGCUUUGAAGAUGAGAUGUCUUAUAAACUACCAUCUGAGCCACAGAUACCAGUGGCAGAAUCAGUGAGAUUGACUCCCGGGAUACAGCUAGCAAGUGUAGAUCAUUCUGAGUUGGUUGGAAGACCAGAGGCACAAGGUAUAGAAUCUUCUGAAUCGAUCCCUGGGCAGCAUUUGGGACAUAUAAAACCUGUGGAGAAGGUCACAGCGUCAAAGCAGGAAGAGUUAACGCCAGGGCCACAUUUGGGAUAUGUGAAAUCUAUGGAGUUAAGGUCAAAGUCAGAGCGGGGAAAAGUCAAAACUAUACUGUUAACCCCAGGGAAACAAGCAGGAGAUAAAAUACCUGAGGAGCUGCCCCGGGGCCCCAACUUGAAAGGUUUAAAAUCUGAGUUACUACCUUCAAGACCACAGUUAGAGAAUAGGAAAUCUGCAGUCUUAACUGUAGGACAAUGUCCAGAGAGGAUAAAAUCUACAGUGGUAUCCCCAUGUAGUUCCCAGUCAGAUGGUACAAAAACUGUGAAGUUGAUUCCAGGUUCAACAAUUCAAGACUUGAAGACUGUGGGGCUGGCCCGUGAUACACAUGUUCAAGAUGCAAAUGCCAUGGGUUUGAAACUUGAACCAAAGCAAGAAGAGAGUCCUGUGACUUUUGUACCAGGGAUACAGUUUCAAGAUGAGUUUAUGGAGGUGUUGCAGGUGCCUCAACUACAAGGUAUAAAACCCAAGGAACUGACUGCACCGUCACAAAUGCGGGGUAGGAAACAUGUGAUUAUCUCAUGUUUGAAGCCACAAAGUCUGAAACCUGUGAAUAUAUCCAAAACACAAGGAAUCCCAGGAGUAAAACUUGUGAAUUUAGUCUCAACACAACCGUGUCGAGGGAUGGCGCCUACAGAUUUAACUCUCAAGCCUGGACAGGAUGACCAGAUAACUGUAAGAUCACCCGAGUGGAAAGGUGGGGUUUUAGACCAGCUGAGCAAACAUUUUGAGUCAGAAAAUGUGUUGUCCAUGAAGUCAGGUCAAGAAGCCAAACCUGCAGAUAAAAAACCUAAAGAGAUCAAAUUUAAAGUACAAUUUAAAGAUACACCAUCAUUUGAAUCGACUCCUAAACCAGUUGUUCACAGUGUAAAACCUGAAGAGGCCCAAGAUGAACCCCAGGUGCCAAGUGUGAAACCAUGCCAGGUGACUCCAGGGCCACAGGAGCACCAGGUGAAAGUCUCAGAGCCAAUGUUAGAGCCACCAUUUCAAGAUGUGAAAACUAUGGUGUUCACAGAGCCACACACGGGAAGUACAAAAUCCGUCCGAUGGAUACCAAUAUCUGAAUUUAAAAAUGAGAAAUGGGUAGGGUCAGACUUGAGGUUGCAAUUUCAAAGUUCCACACCUACAGAAUUGAAGCCGUCUACAAAAUGGAGGGGUGUGAGGCCCUCUGAAUUGACUGUCAGGUCUAAAAUAAUUCAAGAAGAAAAAUCUGUAGGGUUGCAUCUUGAGCCACAGUCACAGCAAGUAAAAACCUCUCCGUUAGCACUAGGGCUUCAGAAAACAAAAACUUUGAACUUAACAUCAGAGCCACAACCUCAAGGAAUCAAAACUGUGGAUCAAAACAAAGAUCCACCGGUUGGAAGUCUAAGAUCCAUUCAGUGGAUACCAGGACCUGAGUUCCACAGCGUGAAGUGUUUAGGGAAAAAUUAUGGGUCACAAUCCCAGAAACCAUCCAUACAGUUGGGAGGUCUGAAAUCAUCAGAGACGACUGUAAGGCCCAAAGUACAGCUCAUAAAAACCCCUGAGGCAUCCCCAAAACCAGAGUUACAAGAAGGGGAAUCUUUGGUAGUGGAGUCAAAGUCCCCAAAUGGGGAGUCUGUGGAGUUAAACUUGGGCCCUCAGUUACAAGAUGAGAAAUCUUCUACGUCAAUUCUGGGGAUAAAGCAGGAAGAUGCAAGAUCUACAGAGGUCAGUUCUAGCCCACGCUUGCAGGGUAUGAGGUCUUCUGAAGUAUUUUCAGAGGAUAUGCUUCAAGGAGAGAAACCCAAGGGCUUUGUGGCCCAGUCACUGUGGCAGGAUGUAAAAUCUCUUCAGCGGACUUUCGGCAAGGCACUUGACAGGAAGCUUUUGCAGCUGAAAAUCCCUCAGUUCCAGGAUGGGAAAGGAUCCGUGUUAACCCCAGAAUUACAUCUUCAAGGUAUGGAACCUGAGGCAGUCAAGCCUGGAUCGAAGUUGAAAGGCCUGCAGCCCGAGCCUACAAAUGUCCAAGCAGUGAAGGAUAUGGGGAUCAAUCAUGGUGCAGAAUCGCAGGUUGUGGGAUUUGCUGAGCAGGACUCGGACUCCACAAUUUAUAGUGUGGGACCUUCUGAACUCAGUGCCAGAAACCUGAAGCAAGAUGGGAAAUUUCACAAAUUAAGUCAAAAGCAACAGCUUCAAAGUAUAAAACCGGUAGUCUGCAGUCACGGGCCACAUUUGCAACAUAUCCAGUCAUCAGAAGUAUGUACAAAGCUUCCAGAUCUGACAUCUAUGGAAUUCAACUCAGAGCAACAGGUGCGAGAGAGAAAAGCUCCUGAUGUGUGCACAGAGUCCAAGCUGUCAGAUGAGUUAUUUUUGGAAUUUAAGUCUCGAUUCUGUGACUUGAGUCCAGGAUGUAAAAAUCUGACAUCCAACACAGGAACACAAAAUGUAGAAUCGCCUAAGUUGCACCCUGAUCUAGACCUUCAAGGCAUAAAAUCUAAGGAAUUCUGCCUUGGAUCACAUUUGGAAGAUGUGAAUUCUGCAUGUACUCCCGAUGCAAAUUCUCAGUAUACAAAUUCCAGUGAAUAUAAACCUGGGUCAUAUUUGCAAAAUACAAAUUUCUCUGCACACAUUCCAGAGCCAGACCCUUGGCGUAUAAAUACUAUGUGCAACCCUGGGCCACAUUUUAAUGGAAUGAAUUCCCUUUUAGGACCAAAAUUGCAAUGUGUAGAUUCUACUGUGUGCAAUCAUGAGCCAAAUUUGCAAGAUGUAAAUUCUUCUGCAUGCACUUCAGUGUCAAGUCCUCCGUGUGUGAAUUCUUCCAUAUGCACCCCAGGACCAAGUCCUCCGUGUGUGAAUUCUUCCAUAUGCACCCCAGGACCAAGUCCUCCCUGUGUGAAUUCUUCUGUAUGCACCCCAGAGCCAGGUCCUCCGUGUGUGAAUUCUUCCGGAUGCACCCCGGAGCCAAGUCCUCUGUGUGUGAAUUCUUCCGGAUGCACCCCGGAGCCAAGUCCUCCGUGUGUGAAUUCUUCCGUAUGCACCCCAGAGCCAAGUCCUCCGUGUGUCAAUUCUUCUGUAUGCACCCCAGGACCAAGUCCUCCGUGUGUGAAUUCUUCCGGAUGCACCCGGGAGCCAAGUCCUCCAUGUAUGAAUUCCACUGAGUGCAAUUCUAAAGCACAUUUUCAAGGUGUGAAUUCUGCAUGCAUUCCAAGCCAAAACCCUCAGUGUGAACAUUCUAAUAGGAAUAAUCUUGGGCCACUUCUUCAAGGAAUGCAUUCUGAUACAACAUUUCCAGCACCACAAAAUAUGUGUGUAAAUUGUGUUUGGUGCAGUGUCCAAACACAUUUGCAAAAUGUGAAUUCUUCUGCAUGUACUCGAAGACAAGAAUCACAGUCUGCAAAUUCUAUGGGAUACAACCCUGGGCCACAUUUAGAAGCUCCUAAACUUCAAGGUAUGAAGUUUCCUGAGUUGAACCCAGGGACAGGAAUUCAAAGAGAGAUGCCUAUAACAGUUAACCCAGGACAGCACUUGCAAGAUUUAAGGCUUGAAUUAACUCCAGGGUCAAAUAUUACAGGUAUAGCACCUGCAGAAUACAACCCUGGGCCACAGGAACAAUGUGUGAAUUUUUCUGAAUUGAAUCCAGGAUUAGAAUUACAACGCAUAAAUUUAGCAAAGCUUGGUUCAGGGCCACAGUUGCAAAACAUAAAGUCCUUUGCAUCGACCUCUGGAUCAGAAUCGCAGUGUACAAGAUCUGUUCUAUUGAGCCCUGGACCCCCUUUUCAAGGUGUGAAGCCAUCUAACUUAUCGGUAGGGGCAAAGUUUCAAGAGAUCCCAUUUUUGAAGAAGCAAUUUGGGUCACGGCAGCAAACUGCACAACCCAUGUUGACUCCAAAGCCUCAGUCAACUGGUGUGGACUCUGUGGAAGUUUUACCAACACCACUGCCUGAAGAUAAAAUGUUUCCAGAGAUGAGCAAACAGCCAUUGCUUUGUACAAACUCUGUAAACCUGACACCUGGAUAUGGUCUGCAGGACUUCAGAAGUAAGGAAUUUUCACCAGGACCUUGCUUUCAAACAGUUAUGUGUUUGAAGCCAGGGUCACAGUCUCAGAGCGGGAACUCUUCAGAGUUCGCUCCAUGCCACGGGUCUCAAUGUGCUCAGUCUUUCUUUGCCCCAAAGCCAUGUCUUCAAGAUCUAAAACCCAUGGAGCUGAGUCUUGGAUCCCAACAGCAAAGUAUGAAUUGCCAACAGAUUGCUUUAGAUGAAACGCCAAUGGUAGUAACACAGGAGUCCACCAGGAAGUCCUUGGCAGGACCAGCACUGACGAGUGUCAAAUUUUCAAAUUUAAUUCCAGAGUCGCAGUCGCAAUGUAUGAAAUUUAAGGCUUUGACUUCAGAGCUGAGGGGGCAAAGUGUAAAACAUGUGAAAUUAUCAUCAGUGUCCCUGCCACGAAGUGGAAACUCUGUGGGCUUAUCACCAAGUCCAUUCCUUCAAAAUGUGACAUUUGGGAACCAAAUUCCCCAAACAAAUGAUCAAAUCACAGAACCCUCUAAGGUGACGUGCAGACCAGUACACCACCUGGUGGACUAUGCAGAGAUGAACACGAAGAUCAGGUACCAAGCCCCUAAAUUGGAAAAUUAUAUUCCGCUGCCUGUUUAUCAAGAAGAUGUGGGAUCUUCAGAAAUGACGAAAGGGUUUAGACACAAAAGCACAGAAACAACAGAGAAAUCUAUGAGGUUGUUCCCCAAGCCAACGGAUACAGUCACAGAAUCAUUGGGGAUGCCGCAGCAGCCAGAGCUUCAAGUGCCAGGAUUUGCUGAUCUGACUCCAACACUAAGUGAUCAAGAUUCAAACGCCUCAGAACUGACCCCACAGAAAAACUACCAGAGCCUAGAAACCCUGGAGAUGCUUUCUUGUUCGUGGCCUCAAGUGAAAGAUUUCAAGCAGUCACAGACCCAACCAGCCACAGGAUCUAAGAGAAUGACCCUCGACCUCAAGAAUCAUGCCACAGAAAUGACGGUGCUAACUCGUAAGGUAAGACAGCAAGGGAAAGAAUUUCUUAGAGUGACUUCAACACCAGUAAACAGAGAGACUGAAUGUGUCGAAAAAUCUCCAUGGCCAUAUCCUCAAGACUUAGGACCUGUGAUGGGGAGCUCCGAGAAAAGAUCCCCAAGGGAACAAUCUGUAGCCUCGUCACCAAGGCCAUUCUAUCAUGUUCCGGAUUCUGCUCCAGGAAUAACACCAGGACCUCAGAUUCCUGAAUCUGUAGGUUUGACCUCUAAGCCAUGGCUGCAAAGGGAAAAAUUCUUAGAGUUGGCCACCCAGCCAACCAAUCAAGUUGAGGGAAAUACAGCCUCUGUAGAGCUCACGUUUGAGGAAUGUCAGACAGAAGAGGUAGGAAUUGGUCUAACAACGCCCCAGAAGGCAAGCAUUGAAAAAGCGAACGUCACUCCAAUAGAAUCACUGGAUCAGAUUAUAAACUUCGUAACGGUGAGUCCAAAGCCACUCGAUCAAAUGACAGAACCUGCAAAGACACAGCUUCAAGUUCCUCAAGUCUCUGAAUCUCUGACAGUGAUUCCUGGACCACCACUUCAAGUUAUAGAGUCAGUGAUGAUACCGGAGCCGACCUCUCAAGGGUCAAAAUAUGUUGAUUUGACUCCCAAACUGCAUGAUAGGAUAGUUGCAGAGUUUGCUCCAAGACUUUGGCUACAAAAUGUGCAAUCUAAGAAAUUAAUCGCAGAGCCAACACAUCAUAUUUUAGAAACGAUAGAAUUAUCAGGCUUUCAAGUGAUAAAGACGAUAUUGCUUCCCAAGCCCCUGCUUCUGAUUGUGAAAUCCGAAGAGUUGGCACCAGGACCAAGUCCUCAGGCUGUCGAACCAAUAGGAGUUGCCACAAGAUCAAGAACUCAAGUAAAGGAUCCUUUGAAUUUACUCCCAAGACCACAUCUUCAAGACAAGAUAAAACCUAUAAAACGAACUCGAAGGGCAAAUAUUCAAGAGACUUUUCCAGAAUUAAUCGUACAGCAAACAUUUCCACUUGAGGAACCUCCAGUAUUAACUCAUAAGCAAAGGCUUCAGGCUGGAAAAUCUGUAGGAAUCAAAAGAGAAUCUCCUAAAGUACUGGAAAUGGAUCUGAAUCAAGGACGGGUGUGUCAGAACAGAGCUUCGGAAAUGAUAACAUCAGAAAAGUUACAAGCAGAGAAUUACUUCUCUAGGUUCAUAAGCAGCCCUCCGAUACCAUUUAUUUCAAGCUCUGUCAAAACAAGCGAAUUAGGGCCCCUUCAGGGUUCUGGAAGGCCGGAAGUGUCAAGAGCCCGGACUAUGAAGAACUCUAAUGCUGGCAUUUUGCAGUCUCCAGAGUCCUAUACAGAAACUAUUAGGAUGCGGUCACCAGCUCUUCCCUUGGUCCUUCCCUCUGAUAAAACAGGGAACUCUGUGGGAUCCCUAUAUCCCGAGAUCUGGGAUAUGGAUGUCAUAACUAAGGAAUCAACCGAAAAGAAGCAAAUGGAAGAAUUUGGGAAUUUACUGCAGAGCUAUGCUCCUUAUCCACUGAGAUUACUACCCUCGGAGUUUCAGGCAGGAUUAGGAGCUCGAAGAAACUCUAUCCGUUCUUUCCUGGGCAGACAACUGAACAUCUGGGAAAGCCAUGUCUGUAGGCAGCGACUACCCAGGAAGUACCUCUCCAAUAUGCUGAUGCUGGGGAAUGUUCUGGGAACCACUAUGGAAAGGAAGCUUUGUUCUCAACCGUUUUUAACAGAAGGAGCCACUAUGGAUAUCUGCCGAUCGAUUCAGAAUUUAUUUGGGGUUCCAGCUGAACUGAUGGAAUUUUCCCAGAGCCUACUAGAGAGGGGCCCAAGGACGAUUUCACAGACGUCAGUGGUCAAAAACUAUAUUCAGAGACAUAUCUUAGGCCAUGGUCACGAGAAAAGAAUGCCCUUAAAGAUGUGGACACGCGGAUCCACAUCCUCCAUAAUACAGCAGUACUCUGGUACUAGAUUGGGACUAAAGAAAACAAACUCAAAACUCAGUGAUAUAUUCCAGGAAGUCACUCAGCACGUGCCUGUCUCAUGUACAGGGGCCCAGUUUCCUGCCUUAGGGAAGCCAGAGUCUCCUCUCGGGAUACUUUACAAUAGGGAAGAUCCUGUUUCCAGGGAGCCGAGUAAAACCUCCCAGAGCGAUUCACAGACAGGAACUUUUGAGUCUCACCGCUCAAAGUCAAGUUAUUUUUCCCAGACCAAGACCGAUCACUCAGAACAGCUCCAUCUACUUAAAGAUCUACAGCUAAAGGUAGCAGCAAAACUCUUACGCAGUCAAAUACCCCACAACGUCCCUCCACCCCCAGGGUCAGGUCUUGUCCUGAAAUACCCCAUCUGCUUGCAGUGCGGCCAAUGUUCAGGAUAUAGGUGCGGUCAUGAGUUACAGUCUGGUUUUGGGUCUUACCUUCUCAUCUACCCACAGAUCCACCUUAUAAGAAACCCUGAAGGCCACGGUGAGACUCGAUUGCAUCUUGGUUUUAGGUUGCGCAUAAGGAAAAGACCUCACAUCUCAAAGAAUCAUGGGAGAAACAGAGCGGACACAUCGAAGAGCCCUUCAUCACUGCACAGGGAAGCUAAAAUGUAUACGCCAGCUUCCAAGAGUCCAACUUCUACAAGAGAUUUCCAGCCCAGAUCUUCCCAGUCUCCGGCUUCUGUACCAGUUCACAGGAGGCAAAAGCAAUGGGGCAGCUGUGGCGUGGCAGGGAAGACAGAAGCCAAAGACUCUGGGCAUUAUGAAUUCUGUGAGGUUCUCUCCACGUCAGAGAGUGGCUCUGAAAGUAACCGGCAUGAAAAAUGGGCUAAGUCAAGACGCAGAAAGAUGCAAAACAUAAAAUUCUACAAAAACAGACCCACAGAAGAGUGUCCUUUUGGAACACUGACAGAUCCAUCAAGAAGCAAGAGUAUCAAAACCGCUCAAACCAGCACUGUUUCUUCAAAGAGACAACCAAAGAAAUCCUCCCAGCCCAGGUUCAUCCAGCUGCUUUUUCAGCGCCUAAAGCAGGCAUUCCAAAGAGUUAUGGCUCUCACUGCACAGAAGCCUAAGGACAGGGCUAGUCCAGACAAUUUGUGGUCAAGCAAAAACUUGUACCCCAAAGAAAAAGACGAGGAUGAUUGUUUAACAGGAGAUGGCAGAGGGGCCAGCACACCUGUUAUCAAGCAAAGGUUCAUGGGUUCCACCCCUAAGAAAGAAGACAGGUUGCAGAAAACAUGUGACCAAGCUCAACAAUCAAAACAAGUGAGCUCUCUCCAACGCCACAGUCCUCAGACAAAGCCUACGAGUCCCUCUGACAGAACCCUCAGAAGCCUCUCGGAGAGGAGAUGUCGCAGUCCCUCCCAGAGGAAGGAUCGCAGUCCCUCUAGAAGAACCCCUCAGAGUAUCUCUGACAGGAGCCUGCCCAGGCUCUCUAAGGGGAGAGGUCGCAGUCCCGCAGGGAGGAGCCAACCCAGCCCUUCUGGGAGAAGGCCUCGCAGUUCCUCAGGGAGGAGCCCUUGUGAGAGAAGGGGACAUAAUUCCUCCCCCAAGGGUCAGCUCGGUCUUUAUGGGAGGAACCAACACAGUCCCCCUUUUCAGAGAUGCCGCAGCCCCUCAAAAAGGAGCCAUCUCAGUCCUAUUCGGAGAACAUGGGCCAGUUCUUCAGAACGGAGCCAUAGUACUCUCUCUGAGAGACCCCCUUCCAGACACUCUGGCAGGACAAGGCAUAGCUCUUCUGGAAGAGGCUACCGCAGUCCCUCUAAGUCCAGGCUCCACAGGCCUUCCAGACUCCACCGCAGCCAUUCUCAGAGAACUCACUACAGCCCCUCUGACAGCAGCUGCGGUCAUUUUGAAAGGAGCCGACGCUUAGAGCGGAACCAGGAAGGUCACCAUGCGAGACCCCAUCACAGCCCCAAGGGGAAGCUCCGGCACAGUUCCCCUAAGGAGAGACCCAGACAUUCAACUCUCCAAGGGACCACACCCGAAACAUAUGUCUGGUAUAUGGGGUGCUGGGGAUCAAAGUCGGGCGGCAUGCUUGUUAGGCAAGCCCCAGCCCUCUAAAAUUAAAAUGGUCUUAAAAAUUAUUUUAGUUGUUUGUUUGUGUGUAUGACGUGUGUGUGGAUGCAGGCAUGCCUGUGUUAUGCUGUGCUUGUGGAGUUGAUUCUCUCCAUCUACUGUGGGUCCUGGGGAUUGAACACUCAUCAGUAGUAGGCUUAUGCAGCAAGACCUUUUAACCACUGAGACAUCUUGCCGGUCCUAUAUUGAUGGUUUUAAAAAAUAUUUAUUUUAUGUGUAUGGGUAUUUUGUCUGCAUAUAUGUCUAUGUUCCAUGUGGUCUGUACACCACAUGCAUGCCUGAUUUUCCCCAAGGCUAGAAGAUGGCAUUGGAUCCCAUGGACUGGAGUUACAGAAGACUGUAAGUUUCUAGGUGGGUCCUGGGAAUUGAAUCCUGGACCUCUGGAAGAGCAAGCAGUGCUCUUAACUGAUGAGCCAUCUCUCUAGCCUCUUAGUUAAAAAAAAUAGGUCAAAUGUCAUGGCACACGGUUUUAACCUAAGCACUGGGGAAUCUGAGCAGAUCACUGGGUUUGAGGUCAACUUGGUCUACACUGUGUGUCUCCACUGUGUGAUGGGCAGAUUUUGAAGGACAAGGCUAACAUCAGUAAGGCUAGGGAAGAGGCUUUUGUACGACUGAGGUGGGAGAUGCUGGCGGUCUGGACUGGUGGUCGUAUGGCCAGACCAGAUAUCAGACUGGGAAUGCAUGUAGUGUCUAAGACCUGGGCUGGGGUGUAGCCCAGCUGGUAGAGCACUCUAGUGUUCGCUAAGCUCUGGGUUGGUCUCCACCACUGAAUAAACUGGCGAGGCAGUGCAAGCCUGCAAUCUCAGCACUGAGAGGAAGAGGCAGGAGGAUCAGAACUCCAAGGUCACCCUUGGCUAUAUAUGAAAUUUGAGGCCAGCCUGGGCUCCACAAGACUUUGCUUAAAAACAAAAUCUCAAAAAAAGCCGGGCAGUGGUGGCACACGCCUUUAAUCCCAGCACUCAGGAGGCAGAGGCAGGCGGAUCUCUGUGAGUUCGAGGCCAGCCUGGUCUAAAAGAGCUAGUUCCAGGACAGGAACCAAAAGCUACGGAGAAACACUGUCUCGAAAAAUCCAAAAAAAAAAAAAAAAAAAAUCUCAAAAAAACAAGACAAAAACAAAAUUGGGGCUGGAAGGAUGGUUUAGCAGUUAAGAGCAUUUGUUGCUCUUGUAGAGGACCUGAGUUUGGUUCCCAGCACCUACAAAGUGGCUCACAACCACUCCAGUUUCAGGGGAUCUGAUACCCUCUUCUGACCUCCAUGGGUGCCAGCCAUACAUGGGUACCUGUGUAAGCAAAACAGUCAUAUACGUAAUAAUAAAAUUAUUACCUUAAAAGGUAAAAAGUAGACAGACAGACAGAGAGGUAGGUAGGUAGGUAGAUAGAUAGAUAGAUAGAUAGAUAGACAGACAGACAGACACACAGGCAGACAAGGUAGAGUCCUGAGAACUUGCGGACAGCUUACAUGGGGUCAAGGGAGGAGGGGUAUAUAUGAAAAAGCUCAAGCUGCUUCCCAGAAACAGCUGACAUUAUUAAACCCUUACAUCUAAGCCUUUUGCAGAUUCUUUCUUGUUCUUCACCACCAUUACCAUCGCCACUCUCUUUUAUAAUACUAUGUGGUAAAUACUGUCAUCUGUGCCCCCAUUUUAUAUGAAGAAAACCAAAUCUCAGGGUUGGAAAGGGUGAAUGACCUUUCUAAGUUUAUACAAGAUGAAAAGUUGAACCAACGUUUGAACUCAAGGAAUUUAAGGUCCCAAAUGUGUUCAUUACCUCUGUGCCACACCCAGGAAAGACACAGAGGUAUGUUAAAAAGACUUGGGCAGGCUGCAGAGAUGGCUUAGUGGUUAAGAGUGUGUACUGCUCUUGCAGAGGACCUGAGUUCAAUUCCCACUAUCUAC